AUGGAAACUGUUGACUCAAGAUCAACUCCAAAUAGUGAAGAGCAGUCGUUAGAUCAAUAUACUCCUAGUCAAGGAGCAACUAUUAGACAGAAAAAAGACAUAGCAUGGAGAUAUGUUACCGAAGCAAAAAAUUCUGAAGGAAAGAAGGCAAAAGAAAAGAAGAGUGGGCCUCAAUUUGAUGAUGAUGAUGAGAUUGAAGAGAUCCAACAUUUUACAACUAAAGAUGGUAAAAGUGGUAGUUUUGCAUCCUCUAAAGGAAAGAGAAAAAUUGGAGAGAUGACAUCAUUUUUCAAGUAUGGAGUUCAAGAUUCUAAACAACCUUCCAUUAAGGCUUGUGUGCAAAGUAAAGAAAGAUGGCAUGACACUGACAUGGCAAUUGCUUUAUGGUUUUAUGAUGCAUGUAUUCCAACAAAUGCAGUGAAUUCUCCAUUUUUUCAGAAAGCAGUUGACAAAAUAGCUAGUAUGGGUCAUGGAUACAAGGCUCCUAAUUAUCAUGCAUUGCAUGUUAAUUUAUUGAGGGAUGCAAAGACACAAAUCAAGCUAAUUAUUGAUUCUUUUCGAUCACAUUGGGCUGAAGUCGGAUGCACAAUUAUGGGUGAUGGAUGGACAGAUACUAGGCAAAGGCCGUUGAUUAACUUUUUGGUGUAUUGUUCAAAGGGCCUAUCAUUCAUCAAGUCUGUUAAUGCCUCAAAUUUCAUAAUGAAUGUUGAAACAUUAUGUAAUCUUUUUGCAGAGAUUGUUGAGUUUGUUGGUCCAAAUAAUAUGGUUCAUAUGGUGACAAACAAUGGUGUUAAUUAUAAAGCUGCUAGGAGGAAACUUUCAGAGAGAUAUCCUACUAUUCGAUGGUCUCCAUGUGCUGCUCAUUGUAUCAAUUUGAUUAUGAAAGAUAUGUCAGAGAUGAAUGAUGUGGAAAAUGUUGCUACUUUAGCUUCAAAGGUCACUAUUUUCAUCUACAAUCACAAAUGGACCUUGAAUUGGUUGAGGAUGAGACCUGGUUGGAAAGAGAUAGUUCGUCCAGGAGCUACUCAUUUUGCCACAACAUUUAUUGCAUUGAAGAGUUUACAUGAUCACAAAGAUCACCUGCAAGCUUUGGUGCUUAAUCUUUGUCAGAAUAAUGACACCUUUGAUAUGCCUUUUGCGCAUUUGUGA